UCGGGAUUCUCCGGAUUGGCAGAAAGCAACAAGAAAGUGCAAAAUGGCGACCCUGGACGAUAGUCCGUCGCUAUUUAUUGGCAAAUCUUGGUCCGAAUGGGCCGAAAAUGCCCCUUUGUCACCAUUAGAGGAACACGAGACUGUUGACGCCACAGAAAAGGAUGGCGAUGACACUGAUAGCAUGCGUUUGCCUUCCGAGGAUAUGCACAUGUUUGGAACCUGUCCAUCACAGGAUGAAUUUUACCUGGUCAUGUGUGAACGUUGUCAGAAGGUCAUCAAGCCACAGGCUUUCAAGAAACAUCUCUUUGAGCGACAUGGAAUCACAGAGUCUAGUGCUUCACCCUCAACAGAGCAAUCCUACCCCACAUCAAAGUUAUCCUCCCCUUCCAAAUUAACCUCCCCAACACGAACAAAUUUUAGAAUGGGACACUCUGUUCCCACAAAGGCAAGUGUUAAAGAGGUUCCUCCAUUGGUUAGUAAUGCCCAGAAAUUGGGUCUCAAUGCUAAGUUCAAGGGAUUGGAGAGGAGUCGAAGAAACCACUCCAUGCCUGUGGUUAAAGUUGAAAGAAUGGAAUUGAAAAGAGUGUCAUCACAACACUUUGAUCCUGUACCAAAAUCUCAGACUUCUCCUUCCUCUGGCUUAGCCAAUGGAAAUUCCAAAGACAGCUCAUUUGAAUUGACUGAUGUAAAACCUGUGAUUUCUGGGGUUGACCCCUCUGUCAGUGAUAAACCACUCAAAUCUCUCUCAACUGGUUCCCUGCCACAAACUACUGUCUCUCUAAACUGUGCAACUGUUACCAUGGCAACUACCACACUGACCACUGCCUCCACUUCUUGCUUAACCACCACGAAGUCAGUGGUAGGUACCACAACGAUGGCAACAACACAGUCUAGUAACUUGUCAAGUAGUAAAGGACUCGUAGGAGGCAGAGGCAGCCUCAGUAUGCCUAGUCUCUCUAGUUCACUAAACUCCAGCGGCUCAAGUUCUAUCUCAUCCGUGAAAAAGAAGCCAUUAAAGUUUGAGAAGCCAGAGAAAUUAAUUCCUUGCAAAGAUCGUGAGUAUGAUUGUAAUAAGCACUGUGGUGUGCUUGUAGAAGACACAGGAAAGUCUUGUACAAGGUCACUCACCUGCAAGACACAUGCACUUUCCUUGAGAAGAAAAGUACCAGGACGACGCAAACCAUUUGAUGAUUUACUGAAGGAACACAGAGAAGCCAAAGAGCUUUUGCUGAAACAGAAAGCUGAACAAAAGGCUGCUUUACAAGCAGCUGCUGAAAAGAAGGCUCAACAACUCAAGAACCCUCCAGUUAUUCCCCCUGGAAGCUCCCAGCUGGCUGCCCAUCUACUCCACCCCACACCUCUCCAGUCAUAUAAUGAUCAGCACAGGGAGAAAUCCUCUCAUCCCCCUCAGCUCUCACCAAAGAAAACUGCCAAACCUCCCCAGAAGCUUAGUACCUCUCUCCAGCAAAGGUCCAGUCUCUCAAGUCUUCACUCCCCUCUGCUGUCCCCCACAAAGGAUGAACCCGGUGGUGGCCCCUCGCUGGAUGGCCAUGAGCGCCUGAGCGAUGGGGAGGGGGAAGAGGAGGAGGGAGAUAAAUCAGACAGUUCAUUUAUUCCACACCAUCCCCGACCAGCAGCAAUGUGUACAUUUGGAGGCAGGCUCCACACAAUAGGGGGGCGAAGGAGUUAUGUGUUUGGUCGUAAAACUGACAUUCUUAGGGCAGCAUUCCUUAAUGUACUUGAAAAGCAGCUCAAUCCUCCACCGCCCAAGAAGUUGUGUGUAGAAUCUAAUCUUCCAAAAGAGCCCCAGUUGUUAGGAAAUUCUAAAGAUCCUUAUGACUUCACAGCCAUAGAUCCAAGAACAUUGCAGAAGCAAGGUCCAGUAUUAAACUCCAGCCAUAAGUCAGGAUCUAAAUCUAAAUCCAAAUCUUCAUCAAAUAUGAACCGCAACAAAUCAAAAGACAAUUUACCGGGGUCUAAAAGUCCCGCGCAGACAAACAGUGCUAUUCCAGCAGCCAGUGCAGGUGUGCCACCACUGAAGCGGAAACGUAGUGGUGGCGCACUGACCAAUUCUAGUCCUUCCUCUCUCACAGCGGCGGCAGCCCCUGUCCUUACCACAGUCAGUAUAAACAACACAUCCUCUGGUCUCACUGCAAUAGCCAUUCCCAGUGUUAAUCUAAGUAAUGCUACUCUAAGCCAUUUCAAUGCAAACCUCUCUGCCGCUGGUGGGAAAAAUGCCAAGAACAAUGUUUAUAAGGAUGUUGGGUUUGUGGUGACCAAUCUCGACUCAGCUCUUGUGAACGGACAAUAUAUGAUUACUAAUGCUCAUCAAUCACAGUCUCUGGAUGAAAAGUCGCUACAGCAAGCACAUGUGAUAAACAGUAAAAAUAGUCCAAAGAUUCUUAACCUGGAAACCAUACAAGGUUUACAGAAAGGCCCUCAUAAUCUCAUCAGUAUGCCGCCAUUAUUACUCGAUGGAUCUACAUGUAUGCAGCCUGUUACUGCUGUCUUGACCCCUGUUUCCCUAGCAACGACCCUUGGCAAUCAGAUUGUGUCAGUGGGAAGCACUACUUCUCUGGCUCCAUCUAAUCUGAAUUCAGCCAACAACAUUAGGGCAGGAGCAGCAGGUAGUCCACAGGUGGUCAAUUCGCUCCACAAUGGAUUAGUGCAGUCUUCCUCAGACAAACUGGUUAACAACAGGCACAACUUACUACAUCAUAAAAAGCCAGUGCAUUCCCAAUCAGCUGGUCAUGGUAUGCUUGGCAACACAGUGAUAGCAACCAGCACUGGUCCCCAGGUCAGCCAGAUCUAUGCCACUCAUCUCCUCAAACCAGGCAAUCUUCUGAUCGGCAAACCCUCCAGCAAGUUUGCUGUACCAACGGGGUCAUUAACCUUGAAUGUGGCUAGUCUAGGGAUGUCGGGGGUUGGUCAGCAGCCCACACUAUAUAUAGCCAGCAAUGAAGACGUGUCACAGCAACAGGUGGUUAGUUCUCCUAGUCAUAUGACAUAACAGCAACUUAAGGAGGUGUCCAUACAGUGUCCAAGCAUACAGUGUUUCCAUAAACUGCAGCUAUCUGUAGCCAAUAGCCACUGCUCUGCAGUAUAUUCAACAUAUGACCUAGAUUAAGAUCUGACUGUUCAUUUUACUCUUUGGGGUGGUUCUAUCCUUAAUGCACCCGUCAUUCUCAUGGAUACAAAGAUUUGAACACUGACAUGAAUUUUAAUUAUUGUAUCUGUACACACUUUCUCUCUCAAGAUUGUCAAAAGAUUCACACAUAUUCCCACUUCAGUACAGUAUAUUAACAUUUCAUUGUCAAACUUGAUCCAGGAUAUUUUUAUUUGGAGGUUUGAUUCAUAUAGUACAAAGCAAUUAUAUUAAGUUAGCAUUUUUUCACACAAGCUCCAGAUGAUUUUUUAUACAGGAAUUCAAAAUUGUAAUGUACACUUAAGUAUAAAAUAUUUUCUUAGUCCUAUCUUCCAUAUUACCUUAUUUGGUAAACUUGAACAAAGGGUUUGAAGGAGGGGGGCACAAUUGCAUAUUUCUUGGUCUUUCAGGCAAGCCAUAAUUGAAUUCUUUUUAGAUGCAAAAAAGGCAGCAUAUCUUCCUUUGGCCCCAAUUGUUUGAUUGAUGUCUUGAUUUUUUAUGUAUUACAUGUAUCAGUUGACUAUCUCUGAAUCUCUGAUUAAAUUAAAAAAAAAAUUAAGGCAAUGGAAGGAGUUUGUUAUGCUUGUCAGAAAGUCCAAAGAGAAUGCUGCAGAUCUGCAAAAUUUGUUUGUAUCCAUUUGCAAAUAUGAACUUUGCCAUUUUCCAUUUCUGUACAGAAUAAUGCAUGGUCAUUAUGUUGCCCAUAGAUUUUGAUUGCAAACAUGUGGCUAUGGCUCAGGUUAUAUAAACUCAAGCACACAAAAUGCUCCCAAAAAUUUUGUCACUUGUUAAUAUGCAUGUAAUCCAUAUGUGCUAUAACUUUAACGAUGGCUGAAAUGCAAUGUAAUUAAUUAACCUAGAUUUUACUAUGUAUUUAAAUGAACUGUUUAAGUUCUCAGUACUCAAAUGAUUUUGACAGUAAAUGGAUAUGCAUUUUGAAUAAUUAACUUGUGUAAAUUUAACAUUAACAUAAUGUAUUUGAUUAUCUUACCAUUUUCAUCCCAGGUUUGAUUUUUCUCAUUUCAUUGCAGCAAUUUCAUAUGAACCAAGACAUUUUAUAUUAGUUUUGAAAUGUGUGAAAGAUUUGUGAACUAGCAUGCAUUAACACCAAAUUUGCAAAAAUUUUGAAAUACUUUGAAUCAAAAUAAUAUGCUCAUUUGAUUACCAAGCAUUUUUAUUUUUAUUUCACUUUUGGGUUGUAAAACCAUUUUUUAAUUUGAAUUUAUGUGCAGUUCAUUACCAAGCAUUUUUCUUUCAUCCAAAGCCAAUCCUCUACAUUUUUGUUUUGAUUUGGUUGUUAAUAACAUUACAUAAAUUAACAAUGAGCCAGCAAUUACAUGUAAAUGAAUUGUAAUAAGCUUUUGAAGAUGUAUACCCCCAAGGUUGAACAUCCAUUUUCCAUUUUUGAUCUGCCAAACUAUAGCUGUAUACUAUACAGAGAUAGACUGUAUUAGGUCAUUUUGACAAAUUAAGAUCAAAUCUGACAGUUCUAUGGGGGGCCUUAUGUUUCACAGUACCAUCUGGAUUUGUUCUUUUUUUUUAUUUUAAAGAAUUGAUUGAUGAAAAGUUAACUCUUGUAAGCUUCAGUAAUUUUCCUUGUAUAUUAUUUCGGUGACAGUGCUUAACAAAAGUGUUGAUAGAGGGAGGGCUGUCUUACUCAUUCCCUCCUAUAUUGUCUGUGAUAUUGGUGUAUUCCAUGUAGUUGAUGAUACUGAUAACAUGAAUUCAGAAAUAUGUAUGAUGUGGGGAGAAUGGGCAGAAAUUUCUGUUGUAAAUAUGUAUUCAUUAUUUAUGAAGCACACACAACUUUAUUAUAAAAAUUGUUUAUAGUAAUAUAUUGGUUUGUUUUUGCAUAAUGUCAUUCUUUGUUUGUUGAGGUACACUGAAAGGGGAAAAAUUUGUAAAUUUUAACAACGAUAUAUUGUAUUGUGAUACCCUGAACUGGAAUUGAGGAAAAGAAAUCGAGUCUCUACUGUGCCUCCCUAGAAAUAUACAUUUGCAUUGUACAAAUGGUGAUUGUGCCAAAAUGAGGAUUUUUGAAGAAAUUUUAUCAAUAAUUUUCUGAAUUCAAAGAAAUUGUUUCUUUUUAUAUCACUUAAAUUGAAAAGAGACCUUGCUUUGGGUAUUAAAGUCUGUAUGUAAUUUUCUAACUUUCUUAAUUGCUGACCUAAAGCUUUUGGUUUUUGCCUAUCAUUUCUGAUUGUUUGCUGCAGAAUCUUUACUUGCAAUGCUAUAGAGUAUAUAAAAUUUGGCAGGAUCUAAAUAUUUUUUUUACAUGUAGCAAUACAGUAGGUAUAUCAGUUAAAUAGUUUUUAUCCCUAUUAAUGUUCCCUCAGUUCAAAUUCAGAAAUUAAAUGUCCACUCUCAUUAGAUACUCUAUGGUUGAUUUUCCUGUUUUUCUUAUGAAAACUGCUGAAUGUCUCAGAAUUGGUAACUCACUUUAAAUAUUAUACAUGUACGUGUGUACUGAUGGGAUACUGUUUAUGGGUUUGUAGGCAUGAAUAUAUGAUAAUCUUUUUCUGGGGCAGUAAAAGUGAUCCUUUAAGUGUUGUUUAUAUACCUUUCCUGUGCUUUAUAUAAUUGAUAAAUAAAAAAAUCCUCAAAUAUUCUGAAGGAACUCAGCAUAUCUACAUAAUUAUGUACAGUAUAUCAAAAUGUCCUUGAAGCAUUAAAAUGUGUUUUCACAUAUACACAAUAUCGGGGGAAAUUAUAGCACACUUUUUGCAAAUUCGGAGUCCAGCUAACUGCAGAGUCUUGUUAUUAGAUACUAUGCCUUUGGCUCUGAUAAAUAGCAGCUUUUCCAAUAUGAAGCAUAAUGAGUAGGUUUUCUAAUUAAUUUCAUUGUCUGAUCUCCCUUUUUUCAUCCCAUCUUGUUGAAUCUUGUCAAAUUUCAUCAUUGCAUUAUAAUGUUAUAUGUGUAAGAUAAGUAAACUCUGGUUUCUGCUUUGGUGAAGUAUGAUUUUUUCACAACACAUUAAUUAACAAAUUCAUGUAUUAUAUGUACAUGUAUAAUUAUGUUUAAUGUAAAUAACACUGUUUAACAUCAUGUGCAAGAAACACCUGCAAUUCAUGGUAAAGUGUCCAUGCUUUUCUUUCAACAUGUUAUAGAAUACUGUAGAAGAAUUUUUUCUGCAUGGUACUGAUAUAUGCUAUGUAUGUCACAAAUUUUCGACAGAAAUUUGUCCAAGCAUACUUAAAGUACAUGUAAGGCAUACAAGGGCAAUCUAAGAAAUCUGAAUUUUUUUGUGGAUUAAAUAGAAAUUGCAAUUCCAUGGAAAUAUGACCCUGUGGGAAAAAGUUCAUUUGCAAUAUUCUCAACUUGAUUUUUUUUUUAAAAUUAUUGUGAUCACAUCUUACCCUUUCUUCAUAUUCAAGAAAUAAAAAGUAGUGGAAAUGUUAGAAAACAUAUGCUCACAUCUCAGGUAGAAUACUGAAAAUCAGACAUGCUGUUAUUCUUGCUAAAAGUGAAAUGUGUCCUUAAUUAGACCACUGUAUUGUUUUAACAGCAGUUCUUUCUAGAUUCUAGCCAGAUUGUAGUUUUUAAUGAAUUUGUGUUCAGGACUUACAAUGUAGAUGAAUCACGCAAUGUUCAAUUCCUAUUUAGCAAGUACUUGAAAGUAACUUGUAUAUUCAUGACAGAAUUCAAGCAAACUUGGUCAAAUGGCCCCCCAUUGUUUGAAUAAACGCUGUGGUAAUUCAUUGAUCACAUUUCAUUUAUCACAUAACUAAUAAGUCACAUAUCUAAUUUUUCAAACACAUUCAUUAUUCAUUUCCAUUAAUAUUAAUAAUUGUAUUAUUUUGUGUCAUAGAUAACCAUCAUUUGUGAAGCAAAGCUUUCACUCUGGGAGAUGAAAUAUUGACAAGGCAAUUACAUUGUGUUAUCACUCAUCUGUUGAUUAUUGUAUAGUGUAUUCCAUCUGUUGAAUUUUGAUAAUCUUUGUUACAUGUACCUCUUGGAAAAUUGUCAUCUGUACAUAUAAGUUAUUUUUCAUUUUUGAUAUCUGAAUGUUUCUGUUAUGGACUUGUUUUUUUUAACACAAUUUGAGAAUGGGUUAUGAAAGCUGCCAAAGAGAGUGAGAGAAGUGACUAAUUAAUGUUUUGUUCCUUGUACAAUAAGUACAAUUUAUGGAGCAAUAAAGGUGUAUUACCAAUAUAAGAUUAA